AUGGCUGCAAGAAGAGCAAGAGGACAUGACAGCAAACCGGUUACCGCCAUAGCCAUUGACAAAGAUAAGAACAGCCAACAUGCUUUGAAAUGGGCUAUUGAGAAUAUCGUUGUCGAUUCUCCAAACUGUAUCCUUCUCCAUGUUCAAACCAAAUUGAGAAUUGGUGCAGGAGAGAACACAGAUCAAGCACCACAUGACAACCAAGAAGAGGCCCAUCAGUUUUUCCUUCCUUUCAGAGGAUUCUGUGCUCGAAAAGGGAUUAUAGCAACGGAGGUUCUUCUUCACGAUAUCGACAUCUCAAGUGCAAUUGUUGACUACAUCACCAACAACUCCAUUGCAAAUAUAGUCCUUGGAGCCUCUGCGCGAAACUCCUUCCUCAAGAAGUUUAAGAGCGUAGAUGUGCCAACGACUCUACUUAAAACUACUCCAGAUACAUGUGCUGUUUUUAUUGUGUCUAAAGGGAAGCUCUUAACAAGUAGAUCAGCAAGUCGGCCUAAUACACCUCAACUACACUCUCCUCACCUUACUAAACAGGCCGCGUUCUCUAUGGUAUCUGAUCCUGGCCCGACAAGCUCCAAUUCGAGUGACUCAGGAAGAUCAUCACCUGCAUUAAACGGAGAUUUCUCUCCACCUACACCUCAUUACAAGCCACCUUUCAAUAGGAGUUCUCUAUCAGAGCUUAGCACUGAAUUCUAUCCCAGCAGUCACAGUGCUGACUCAAAUGCGAGUUUCUACAGCAUCCUAGGACGAUCCACCUAUGGAGGAAGCUCACAGUCUUCCACGACCUUGGUUAAUGGAGAGGAUAGCUUUUCUGGGGGAAAUAUCACUGAUCAACAGAAUCAUAAUCUUGAAGCAGAGGUGAGAAGAUUGAGACUUGAAUUGCAGCAGUUUAAUGCUUCCAUUGGCCGAGAAAGUGCCCCUCAUCUUCAAGGACCUACAGCUAUCGCCGGAACUGAAAAGUUGGAGGAAGCAAAGGUAGCAAGAGAGAUGCUUAGGGCAUUGUCUGAGAUGGAUAAGCAAAAGACACAGACUGCGUCCCAAGCAGAUGAAAUGGCACAUCGCCUUACGGAAAUGGAGAAGCAGAAGAGAAGACUCGUGGAGAUGCAGGCCAGGUUCAACGAACAGGAGAUGGACAAUAACGUAUCCUACAGACGAUACAGCAUCCAAGAUGUCGAAGGUGCAACCGAUGGUUUUUCAGAUGAUCUAAAGAUUGGGGAAGGAGGGUAUGGACCUGUGUAUCAAGCCGUUCUUGAUAACACUUCUGUUGCCAUCAAAAUCUUGAAGUCAGAUGUCUCACAAGGCCUGAAGCAGUUCCAACAAGAGAUCGAGGUUCUAAGUUGCAUGAGACACCCAAACAUGGUGAUCCUCCUCGGUGCUUGUCCCGAGUAUGGUUGCCUUGUGUAUGAAUACAUGGAAAAUGGAACACUAGAAGAUCGUCUCUUCUGCAAAGACAAUACUCCACCAUUAUCUUGGAGAGCACGGUUCAGAAUCGCUGCUGAGAUUGCCACAGGACUUCUUUUCCUUCACCAGGCCAAACCCGAGCCACUAGUACAUCGAGAUCUGAAGCCAGCAAACAUUCUGCUAGACAGGCAUUUAAAUAGCAAAAUCAGUGAUGUUGGUUUAGCUCGGUUGGUACCUCCCGCCAUUGCUGAUAGCUUCACUCAUUAUCACAUGACUGCUGCUGCCGGUACAUUUUGUUACAUUGACCCUGAGUACCAGCAAACGGGAAUGCUUGGAGUGAAGUCUGACUUGUAUUCAUUUGGUGUGGUGCUUCUGCAAAUCAUCACAGCGAUGCCAGCAAUGGGUUUAAGCCAUAGAGUAGAGAAAGCAAUUGAGAAAAAUAGACUCAGAGAAGUCCUGGAUCAAAAAAUAUCAGACUGGCCUGAAAAAGAGACUCUGGUGCUAGCUCAAUUGGCUUUGCAGUGCUGCGAGCUGCGUAAAAAGGACAGACCUGAUCUUGCCACCGUUCUGUUGCCUGCACUGAGCGAGCUAAGACAGAUUGCAACAGAAGAUCAAGAAGUACAUAACUCCGAUAUAACGACUUCUGUGUCAAGUGCUCACGAGUCAGUUCCUCUCUGA